AUGCCAUCAAGACCGCAUCUCAACUCAUAUCCUCCAAAGGAAAAGCCCAAAAAGCCCCUUACAAAAAUUGAUACGGACGUUCAUCCCACAGGAAACGUUUACGAACAAAACCACAGCACCUACAAGGCGAGAGCGCACGGGGGCCCAAUCAUCAAGACUCCUCGGAAUCGGGCUCUUUGGCGAAGGGCGGUUUAUGUCCCUCAUUCUCCUCACUCUCCGCCGAUUCCAACACCGUCAUGUCCAGAUAUAUCUUGGUCACAAACUCCAACCUGUGUCUCACCUCCACAGAUUCACUCUCCGCCUCCUCCAGUAUGCCUCCUCUGCAUGGGAUAUUUGGGAGGCGAAUAUAAUUAUACCACCUGUAACUCAUGCAAAGCAAAGUACGCAACGCCAUCGCACCGUAUUAGUGGCGAAGAUGAGUAUAUUGACGACUUCUUCUCUCCCAGCCCUUCUUCGCAAGAUGAAGACUCAGACGCACCAAUUGUGUUGCUAGAUGGAUGCACUGCCAAGGGGAAAAAACCCUGUUUCAUAAAUAAUGCUAAUAACUGUGCUACACUUGCGUCACAAAGUCCAAGCUUGACGUGCUCUGAUGAUGAGUUUGACGGCUGUGUUACACCGGCGUCAUGUUCGAGCUCGGUGUACUCCCAAGAUGAAUCCGACAUGGACACUAGACGUCUUGAACAUCUCCAUGGAACAAAUAGGCCUGGUUCAGAAUCACUCUUCACAGGCAGUACGAAUAGCUGUGUUACCCCCGCGCUGUCAACUUCGAGCUCGGUAUACUCUCAAGAUGAAGGUGGAAUAGAAAAAGCUGAAACAGAAAGAGUUGAAACAGAAAGAGCUGGGACAGAGACGGUGGGCUACUAUGAGUUACCUGAGAUGGCUCAUUAUUUCGGCGAAUAUCAACAGUCCGAAGGCAAAGGAUUCGAAGAAAAUGUGGAACAAGACUACAGUUUAGCAAUCGAUAUUUAUUACAGGUAG